GCAAAUAAUUUCCUUCCUUAUUACGUUCGGUUUUUUGGAGCAAACAAAACAUUCGUUAUCCUCUCACCACGGAUCACUUCUGUGACCUUGAUCUCGGUGUAUGUAGCUUUAUUAGGCAGUGGCAGUGGAAAAUUGGAAAUGUGAAACGUGUGAAGGAAACCCAGAAAAGGCAUAUUCACUGACGAUAGAGAAUCACUGCAGUUUCGCUUUGGAAAAAUAGUUUAUUAAACUCAGGACGAAGAUUGAACGGAUAGUAAAUAACGGUUUCACAUUACAUCGAUCUACGAAGGGAGGAAAAGGGGGGUAGUGGGAGGAGCGGGUUGCAGCACGUAAAGGACGACCAAUUUUCGUUCCACAGUUUGCGGAUGAACCGAAGGGGAGGGAUUUUUUUUUAUUUCGUUUGUCGAUCAUAAUACCGAGCAGUGAAGUUUUAUUGAUGUGUGUUAUUUUGGGCAUACACCACCCUCACCCAGACGUGAAUUCAAUAAGCGCACACCCGCGGGUGUGUGUGCGUGGAAAGUAAAGAAAAACCCGCCGUACACCACACAAACCCACCUAUACGCAUAAUUGGGCUUCGAUGAGAUCACGACACACGGUGACAGGAGGAAGUAAACCCGAACCGAGAUAUCACCUCCGUUUCGAAGCGAAAACAAUAAACCCAUCAACCCCGUCAAAGCAGCCUAUGUGUAAUAGAGUAAACAACAUGUGAGAGAAGUAAAAGAAAAGAAGAAAAAAAAAACGCGAAUGAAAUUUGUUAUGUUAUCCUCCCUAGUGUGUGUGUAUGUGUAUGUGUAAAUACCUUUCCAACCAGGCGUAGAGAUCAGUUUACUGGGAUUAACCGUGUGUCUAUUGGUUUGCCCUUUAUAGUGUGUCCUGUGUGUGUUUUGUGUGUGACGUUUACGACAGCUGCUGCACCGUAGUAAGCCCCUAAUCAUCAUUUACACGCGGUCAGGGGGAAGGCAAAAAAAAACGCCCUCGUCUAGGCCAGUUACUAGGACCUAGACACGUCGAACUAAUCGUGACAACCCCACGGCACCCAUCGUAACCCCCUGUCGACCGACCAGGAGCAAUGGAUAAGCAGCGUGGACUUAUUUUUAAAACCGGAUUAAUACUCCUUUUUCUACUGCAAGUUAUCACCGCCCUACAAAUCACUAAAGUACGCGUACCUUCGUCGUACAGCAUAUCGCGCAACGAGAGCGAAAGUAAACCGCUCAUACUCGGCUGUGAUUACGACAUUGAAGAUGACGUAUCGAAGGGAUUCGUGCUGAAGUGGAAACACAACGAUCUGCAAUUUUACCAAUGGAUACCGUCAAGAAAUCCGAUCGUGUUUAGUUCCUUCAAGGGACACAUCGAUGUAGACUAUUACGAGUCGGAUGAUCGGCUCCACAAGCACAGUGUGCUGAAGUUCAUCAAUCCGAUGGCCAACUACACCGGUAACUACACGUGUCAGGUGUCGACGUUCGAUGAGCUGGUAUCGAGUACCGCCCAUCUGCAGAUAAUCGUACCCGAGACCGACUUUUCGUUGGGCUUCCAGCGAGAAACGAACGGAAGUACGGUGGUGUUUUGUAACGUGGGAGAAAUAUAUCCGCUGCCGGAUGUUGCUUUGCGCAUUGACGAUGAGAAGGUGUCGGACGCGGUAGCUUUCGAGCAGAUGCAAGAAUAUACCGGCUAUUAUAACGUUUCUGUACAGUACAUCUUACCGGACCCGGACAAGAAUUUGCAGCUACAGUGCGAUGUAACGAUACCGGCAACGGACUAUUCGCUACACACCAGUAUGCCUUAUCAGGGUGCCGCCUUCCGAGUAAAUGCCGCCACGCUGCAAGUGUUCCUGUGUACCGCCAUUACGGUGACACUUGCACGAAUGAUGACCAUGUUCUAGGGUCGCCCGGUGUCCCUUGCUGUGUGUGUGUGUGAAAGCGGACCGAAGCGCCAUUCCGUUCCGGGCGUGGCGUACACUUGGAAUGAAGCAGUCUUAAUCCUGGUCUUCCCAUGGUUUUCUCCACCAGAGUGUCAAUGUGCAGGCGUGUUAUUUAGGGUAGAGGAAGCACACUCGCACAUGCCACACACUACCACUGUAUUCAUCAUCCACCUUACUCCCCACCACGUUCCCAUGCUCCAUCUGUUCGCAGGAUCAAGUGCAAUUAAUCGUUCAUACUUUCGCUCCCUCCCAAUUCCGGCCCCGUUAAGGGAUGGGGAUGGGUAAUGGUGUAGUGUGGGGGACCUGUUGUAAAUAAUUGUUUGUUUCUGCUUUAGAAUGCGCUUAUUUGUACACCACCACCGAUAUGCGGUUACCACCACCUGGUUCGGUCAGUGUAAUUUCGUCAAACGAAAUACGUUGUGCCUUUUUGUGGAGCGGUGUUGUUUAAACGGUCGCGGAAACGUGAAACAUAGCCAAUCCGCAUUCAACGAAUGGAGAUAGAAAUAUAUUUAAAAUAUAUUUUAUAAAUGUUUAAAUUAUUAACCCGCUUCGUGGAAUGUGAGCUCGUGUUUUGUUUUGUCUCUAGAAAACUGAAAGUAGCAACAUACAUACAUACAUUAUUGAAACGAUUCAAUGCUUCAUGUGAUCAUUCAGUUGCCACCAUGUAAGUGGCGAGUAUGCGUGUCCGUGAUUAAUUUAAAUGUGUUGUUUUAGUCAAAGAUGUACGAGAUGAUCAUAAUGAUCCUUACGUUGUAUAACACACGUUGCCGAAUAAAAUUACGAUAAUAUUUAAAACCCGAA